AGAAAACAAGUACAAGUUCGUUUCGUGCCACCUUGUAGUUGAUUUUAUCCCUCUUGCCGAUUUUCACAUCUGAGAUGAGUAGUUAACAGACAGAACAUGGAUCGAAAUCAUCAAUCUUAUGAUUUACCUGCGAGUUCGUUGGGCACCGACAGACUUGAAAACGUUUUGGGAAGUUUCGACGAUGAAGAGUCUCCCAUCGUCGAAGGUAGCAACUUGCGCUUUUCUCGAAAUGCUCAGAACGAUUGUUUCCUCGAAGAACCCGAGGCGGCUGCUCUGGCGCAAUACGACGAUUUUAAUACUAUUGAUUGGGUGCGUGAUCGACAGAGGGAACGCAAACGAUUUCGCGAAAUGCGUAGGAUGAAAAGAGGAAGUUUGUGGGAGCGAAUCGUACAAGCGAAUGACGCAUGGGCUGGCUGGCUCGUAGUUUUUCUUGUCGGUUUAUCGGCUGGUAUGUGUGCAGGAAUCAUAGACAUUGGGGCUACCUGGAUGACAGAUUUAAAGCUUGGGUUUUGCCCCGAUAAUCUCUGGUUCAAUCAAGAGUCUUGUUGUUGGUCAGACAGCACUAGUUUUGAAGGAACGGGAUGUAGUCAAUGGAAGUCGUGGUCGAACUUGCUAACCGACUCUGAGAGGGGACCCUUAGCUUAUAUUGUGAACUAUAUUUUCUAUAUCGUUAUGUCUCUAUUAUUUGGUCUUCUCGCUGUUACUCUAGUUCGUUGGUUUGCGCCGUAUGCUUGUGGAAGUGGAAUCCCCGAGAUCAAGACCAUUUUAAGUGGUUUUAUUAUUCGUGGUUACCUUGGUCGCUGGACACUAAUCAUCAAGUCACUGUCAAUGAUGCUUGCUGUGGCAGCAGGAUUAAGCUUAGGAAAGGAAGGCCCACUUGUCCAUGUGGCAAGUUGUUGUGGGAACUUUUUCUCUUAUGUGUUUACCAAAUAUCACAAGAAUGAAGCCAAGAAAAGAGAGUUGCUGUCAGCUGCUGCUGCAGCUGGUGUGUCUGUGGCUUUUGGUGCCCCUAUUGGUGGUGUCCUGUUCAGUUUGGAAGAGGUCAGUUAUUAUUUUCCAAUGAAGACGUUAUGGAGAUCUUUCUUCUGUGCCAUGAUUGCUGCCUUUACACUGAAGUACAUGAAUCCAUUUGGAACUGGUCAUUUAGUUAUGUUCUAUGUGGAAUAUGACAACCCUUGGAAGUUGUUUGAACUUGUUCCAUUCAUAUUCUUGGGUGCUCUUGGGGGAUUGGUAGGUGCUUUCUUUAUCAAAGCUAACUUGUGGUAUUGUAAAGUCAGAAAAACUUCAAAACUUGGGAAAUAUCCCAUAACAGAAGUUUUACUUGUGACUCUUGUUACUGCAGUGUUAGCUUACCCUAAUCCAUAUUCCAGGCAAAGUAGUAGUGUUCUCAUCAAACAUCUGUUCAGUCAGUGUGGUCCAGAUGAUUCUUCAGAUCUAUGUGACUACCUUAAUGAAAGUGUUAAUGUCACAUUGAAUGUCAAUGAUCCCAAUUUGCCUGGAGCUGCAGCAGGGUCUGGUGUCCAUAAAGCCAUUUGGCAGCUGAUUUUAGCCAUGGUUUUCAAGAUUAUCAUCACAAUCUUCACAUUUGGGAUGAAGGUUCCAGCUGGAUUGUUUAUUCCAAGCAUGGCAAUUGGAGCUUGUAUGGGAAGAGUUCUUGGUAUUGGAAUGGAGCAACUUGCCUUCCACAAUCCACACUGGUACAUAUUUAAGUCAUCUUGUGGUAAAUCGAUAGCAUCUUGUAUAACACCUGGAUUGUAUGCCAUGGUGGGAGCUGCGGCAGUUCUGGGUGGGGUCACAAAGAUGACAGUUUCCUUAGUGGUCAUUAUGUUUGAGCUGACAGGAGGACUUGUGUACAUUGUACCACUAAUGGUGGCCAUUAUGACCAGUAAAUGGGUUGGUGAUGCAUUUGUGAAGGAAGGAAUUUACGAUGGUCAUAUUCACCUCAAUGGUUACCCAUUUCUGGAUAGUAAAGAAGAAUUCACGCACACAACUCUUGCAGCCGAUGUUAUGAGGCCCAGGAAAAAUGAUCCACCAUUGUCAUGCAUUACACAGGACAAUUUUACUGUUGGUGAUAUAGAACAACUACUUGAAGACACAGAUUUCAAGGGAUUUCCUGUUAUUGUGGAUAGAGAAUCACAAAGACUUGCAGGGUUUGUCCUAAGAAGAGAUUUGAACAUUGCCAUUGGUCAUGCACGGGCUCGUGAUGAAGAGGUGGUAUCAGCUUCACCAGUCUACUUCUUGCCAAACCCUCCUAGGUACCCCCCUCCUGGCCAGCCUACUGCUUUGAGUCUGCGACAUAUUGUUGAUAAGAGCCCCAUACAGAUAACUGAUGCUAUGCCCAUGGAAACAGUGGUGGAGAUGUUUCGUAGACUGGGGCUGAGGCAAACACUUAUUACACAUAAUGGUCGUUUAUUGGGAAUCAUUACAAAGAAGGAUGUUUUACGUCACAUAGCCACGCUUGCAAAUCAAGAUCCAGAUUCUAUACUCUUUCAUUAAGAGGUGUAAAACCACUAAGUUACUGUUAGUAUUGGGUUUAUAUCUGUUGUGGAAUGGUAUAAAAAAUUACUUAGAAGUUAAGGAAAGAUGUUGCUUGUUUUAUCAUGUGCAUAGGACAAAAGAAUCUCAUUUUGUUCAGCUAAUCAUUCCACAGAACUCGGGAUUGAACAUAUGGAUGUAGUAAUGGGCCAUCUCGUAACAUAGAGCUUUGCAGCUCAGUGAUAGCAACUAAGCAGGGAAUGUGGUGGUCUUGGAAUAUAAUUCCUGCUUUGGACUCAGAUUUUUGUUUGUCCCAUUCUUGUGACGAGACAAAUAACACCUUUCUUUAUUCCACUAUUUGAGCUCAAAAUAAAUCCUCUUUCUUAUUCAGUGUAGAAAGAAUUAGUUCAUCUGCAUCUGCAUCUACGACUUACAAUUCCUUAUAUUAAUAUAAAAACUUUCAAGAAUUAAUUAUUGUUAAUAGAAGUCGUACAUGCUACCAAUACCCCUUGCAUAUUCAUUCGCUCUCCUCAAAGAAUCAACUGCGAUGUUAUGUAGUGUUUGUUAAAUAGGCAAAUUUGCUUAGUUUAUUAAAUAACCACAAAACAUCCCCUAACUUUACGUAACUUACUGCCAAUCGUAUCUUGUCAUUCGUACAUCUUUUUUACUUUUGUCCUUGUUUGAGAUUAAAAAAAGGAAUAUACGAGUAGUUUGUUUUCCAGGAAAGCAAGUUUCUUUCUGGUUUCUCUUUUAAUCAAAAGAGUACCUCUAAAAAUCUAUCUGGGUAAAAUUGUCUUUAAGAACGAGAAGGGGAAAAUUUAAAGCAUUGUUUUCAUUAAUCAAGUAGGAUGUAUAGAACAAUUUUCACUUAAGCAUUAAGCUGAGACAUCAUUCAUUUUGCUUUUUCUUGCUCUGACGCAGGGCCAACACUCAAAAUGCCAGCUUUAGGUACUCUUAACAAUAGCUAAGUUACAUAAUCAACUCAGUUGAUCAAACCAAAUUUCCAGUAGUACACCAGGGUAGCACUUUGGUUUCUCCUGGAACUUAUCCCCUUUUUCAGCCUACCAUGGAGCAUUAUUUGACUGGACCACUUGAUGUGACUUUUAUUCUUAGAAAUGUUAUGUUAAGAAAGACUGUUUUAAUCACAGUUUAGGAAGGUUCAUGUCAAUUUUCAAAGGUGGUGAUCAUGUAGGAAAAUUUUUUCAACAUUUUUAGUCAAGUUGGCUGUGGGCAGAGUCUUCAUUGAUCUCCUAAACUGAGGUGUAAAAAAAUUGAAGAAUGCAAGGGGAAGUCUAAGAACUAGGACGAUUCUAGAAGACUUUGCUUGCCAGGUUACAAGGAUGUGAGUGCAUCAGUUUGCUUCCAAAGUGUUGCGAGUUGUACUUAAUUCAAUUAAAAAACAUUCAUUUGACAUAGGAUAAAAUAUCAAAUUCUAAGAGUUAUAGAAGGACUUAUUUUAAAAGAAAAAGUUAUACUUGGUACCAAACAAGUCAUUUCUCUAUCUUCAAGAUUACCAAGCUGAAGUUGUAUUCCAAGGGAAAUGAAGUGGCAUGUUACUCUUUAGUAAUUGGUACAGGACAUCAUUGUUAACCUUUUAACUCCCAGAUCAAAUUCAUAAUUCUCCUUACUGUCAACAGUAACAUUCUUAUUUUAGUUCAGAGAAUUUAGUAUUGGAUCAACUAAUUAUCCCAAUUAAGUUUCUUUAUUCUCAUUGCUUAUCUGGUUGAUAUUGUACUGAUAUUGUGAGGAGAAAUUCUCUCUUGGUCACUUGUGGGAGUUAAAGGGUUAAAGGCUGCAAAAUCUAAAUCAACACUUCCAAUGAAGUAAAUUGUAUUUUUUUUUCCUGUAUGUGAGAAUAGUGGUUUGGCAAUAUUUUUGUAAUAUUAGGCAAAAUUGUAAUGAA